AGCAUAUAUUGCUCUUAACCCAUUUUCUCGUUUCUUUCCUCUAUCACUGUCUCUCCUUCUCUCUGAACUUUCUCUUUCGAGUCGUAUCAACUCACAGUCACAGAGUCUAUCGAUACUUUGCUUUCUCUUCUAUUCACCUCGAUCUUGGUUUAUGAGCUCGAAGGAGAAACCUACUCUCGGUGGCACGCGGAUCAAGACCCGCAAACGGAACAUUGCUGCACCGCUGGACCCUGCAUCAUUUUCGGAUGCAGUGGUCCAGAUUUAUUUGGAUAAUGCUGGUGAUCUGGAACUUGUAGCUAAGAGCCUUGAGUCUUCAGACCUUAAUUUCUCAAGAUAUGGAGACACUUUCUUUGAGGUCGUCUUCAAGGGUGCUCGUACACAACCCGGCACAAUUAAACUUGAUGAAGGGGAGUGUCAUCCUUACUCUAUAAUUGACUGUGAGCCUAAACGUGAAGUCAUUUUGCCAUCUGUAAUAUACAUACAGAAGAUCUUACGUAGAAGGCCUUUUCUUAUAAAGAAUCUUGAAAAUGUUAUGCAAAGAUUCUUGCAAUCGUUGGAACUUUUUGAGGAAAAUGAAAGAAAGAAGCUUGCAAUUUUCACUGCCCUUGCGUUUUCCCAGAAAUUGUCUGGUCUUCCUCCAGAGACUGUGUUCCAGCCACUGCACAAAGAUAACCUUAUUGCCAAGGGGCUAGUUCUCUCAUUCAUCACUGAUUUCUUCAAGGAAUAUCUGGUUGAUAAUAGCCUUGAUGAUUUGAUUUCAAUACUGAAACGAGGUAAAAUGGAGGACAAUCUUCUAGAUUUCUUUCCUUCUUUAAAGAGGACACCUGAAGCUUUCUCCGAGCAUUUCACUAAGGCAGGGCUUCUAUCCUUGGUUGAAUAUAAUCAGAAGAAAAUAUUUGAGGUGACUCUCAAGGAAAUGAAAUCUGCACUAACAAGUCAGAUGGCAGAGGAAGCUGAUAUAUCUGUUGUCAUAGAAACUGUGAAGCAACAUGUGAAAGAUGCUAAAUUUCCGGAUGUUGAGGUUGUGCGGAUUUUGUGGGAUAUCAUGAUGGAUGCUGUACAGUGGUCUGGAAAGAACCAACAACAGAAUGCUAAUGCAGCUCUUCGUCAGGUAAAAACAUGGUCAAAAUUGUUGAAUGCCUUCUGCUCCACUGGAAAGCUUGAGCUGGAACUUAUGUACAAAAUUCAGGUCCAGUGCUAUGAAGAUGCCAAACUGAUGAAACUAUUUCCUGAAAUCAUAAAAUCACUUUAUGACCAGGAUGUGCUGGCAGAAAACACCAUUCUUCACUGGUUCCGUAAAGGAACAAACCCUAAGGGCAGGCAAACCUUUGUGAAGGGAUUAGAGCCCUUUGUGAAAUGGCUGGAGGAGGCCGAGGAAGAGGAUUAAGUUUCUAUUGACAUUCUGAGCUAUUACUGUUUGCUGUUACUUUCUUGGAUAUGGCACCACUGGAUAUUGCCACUUGCUGUAAGAAGGCUAAAUAAUCUACGAUUUGAAUGGUUUGUUAUGGUUACAAUUGAUGAAUUGUGUAAUAUGUUCCCUCCCUCCCUAGUAGUAAAUGACCGAAGUUUGAAUUAAUCAUGUCAAGUAAUACGACUGUUCAUUUCGUUGGCAUGAGACGAAUUGCACCAUCAAUAACCAGUAUACUUUUGUUGAUUUGUGCUCUA